AUGGGCAAGCGGGGCAACACCCGCGUGAAGGAGGAGGAUGCAUCUGAUGGCGCAGCGGCGGUGGCUGAGCUUGUCACCGCGGCGCCCAGGAAGAAGAAGAAGGAGUCUGCUUCAGCAUCAGAUGCAGUGACGUGUGGCCAGUGCGGCGUUCACCGUUCGAGCUUGUCGACCCCGUGGCCAGAAGCCCCCAGCGCGCAAGGCGAGGUCGAGAGGGUCGGCACCGCGUGCUUGGCUUGCUGGGAUCCGUACAAGCGCGCCUUCAUCGACGAGAUCACGUGGACCAAGCACUGCGCCAAGAUCAAGGGGGACGCCGCAUACAAGCAGAAGGUCGAGCUGGCGAAGGAGGUCUCGGGCAAUCCAGCGGCUGCCACGUUCGACCAGGACGAAGUCAACAUCGUCGUCGAGCAGGGCUACCACUCGCUGGGGAACUACAUCUGCUUGAAGCCUGACGCGCUGGAGGCCAUGGCUGGUGGCAAUGUCACGGUGGCCGAGGCUGCCAUCUCGACUAAGUCGGUCUUGGCGCCAUUGACCAAGGCCAAGCUGAAAAGCAUCUGUGCUGCUCACCCUGACAAGCCCGCCGUGGAGGUGCAGACGUUCACCACCGUGAAGUGCCAGAAGGCGUUGCCCGUGGAGCUUCGCGGUCACGUCAAGCCGCCCACCAUCGACUCGUUGGUGGAUCAGCUGAAGGGGGCGAAGCUCGCCCGAGGCGGCGCCGCUGCUGCCAAGGAUGAGGUGGGCGGUUCCGACGAUGAUGAGGGAUCAGGUGGCUCCAGCAGCGACGGCGAGGAAGCUCAGCAUGACAACGUGAGCUUGCAUGCAUCCACCGUCAGGCUCCGAGGUGUCGCCGCCAAGGUCGCCAGGUCGACGAAGGCCAGGUCGUCGGUGGUUUCCCAUCUUGGCCGCAGCAGGAGCGUCCCUGGCGGCGGCCGCGCGGGCUCGGCGUCACCAUCGUGCUCCGAGAAGGCCCGCCUCGAUGAGCUCAUCGGGGAGACGCCCGUCAGCACCAUGCUCGAUGGUGGCAAGGUUGGCGACCGCACGUACGCCCUCCGCCGCUUCAGGCCCCAGAUGCGCGGCAUCGAGAUCAAUCGCACCAAGCACCUUGCCAAGGUCGACGCCGCCGUGAGCCUCCACGCCAACUUGAACACGAUGGGGGUCAAGGAGAGGAACGACAUGCUCGACCUCUUCGGCGCUGAUGAUGUCAUCGACGCAACGUCGUUCCAGCGCAGGCUCACCGGGAAGCUCGUGUCAGAGACUAAGUCUGGCGAGGACAUUGUGCAGAUGGUUCUGCCAUGGGCCCCUGCAGAGACUAUUGGCACGGUCGUCGAGUUCCAGGUCAAGCGUCCGCGGGUGUUCCAGUUGCGGCUGAGCCACAAGGAGAAAUGCGAUGUGUGCCUCGAUAUGUUUCUCACUUCCUUCGUUGCAGAGGUGGUCGCCGCAGGUUCAGCAUCUGUCGAGCUCGUGAGGGACGCCGCGAAGCACUUGAAGAUUGAGAGCGACGCCAUCACUAGUGGCGAGUGCGCCAUACAGGAGUUCAUCGAUCUCGCUCGUACGUUGCAGUGUGCCGCCGACGCGCUGUUGGUGAUCUCUGACCCGAGCCCCAACGCAACGGACAACAUGGCCGACCGUGCUACCAGCAGGGCUUUGUUGAACGGGACGCACAGCAAGGAGUGGGAGCUCUUCGCCGACAGCUUGCAUUCCAACCCGAAGUGGGCAUCCAUGACCAAAGAGUACCUCGAGUACGCCCUCUCUGACCUCCAGAUCGGCCCAGAGAUUGCGGCGGCGGUGGGCGUUGUGAAGUCCAGGAACAUCCCAGAUAUAGUGAAGGUGUCCCGCCGCAUGAGGGGGUGGGUUGACGGCAGCCGCACUGGUGGCGCGUCCAGCUUGGAGGAGGCCUUCGCCGAGUGGGUCGAUGCCGUCGCCUCCUGCGACUACGAUUCCGACGCUGCCCUGACCCAGGAGUCCGCCAGGCAGGCCUGCGAGGCCAUCUCGAACGUGGCGGCGGCCGCCAAGUCGACGAAGGCGAGUGGCGUCCUGGUCGUGUCCAAGCUGGCGGCCGCCGCGGAGGGGAUGGAGGCGGUGGCGGCCUCGAUCACCAGCAAGAAGAAGCGCGAGAAGGUGUUGGAAUGCAUGCGGAGUUGCACCCAUGAGAUCGGGUGCAAAUUGACGUUGCCCACCCCUCGCUACACACCCGUCCAGGAUGAUGACGGGUUGGCGCUCGAGGGGAUGUCAGAGUUGAAGGCGGCGGUGCUUGACUUAAACGGCGAGGUCUUUGCUGGCGCUGGCGUGGCGACGGAUUUCGAGGUGGCUGCGAUCCACUUGUGCAAGUUGGUGUCCUGCAGCCCCGACGCCACCUUCGACCCGAGCGACGCGAGCACGAUGAAGGACCAGGCCGACGCCGUGAUGAGUUGCAUCUUGCUCGUGCACGAGGACUCCCGCACCGACGCGCUGAAUGGCUUGAACGUUCGCCUCGGCCAUAUCAUGACGAUCUGCACUGCCAUCCAGAUGAAGAAGGGCUUGGUGGCCCUCGGCGACGUGGACGCGCAGGUGAUGUCUGGCGACGAGGGUGUCGCGUCCUGGUGCGCGCUGAAGGCUGCACUGGGCCAGGUGGACGCGUCGCCGCCGAAUGGCCCUGAUGGAGUCACCGUCGACGGCGUGCUGACGAUCGACGGCAUCAACGAGAAGUGGGGAGCUUCGGUGGCGGAGUGCCGUGGCCUAGCCAUGAAGUGCGCGGAGGCCGUGACCGACGGCACGAUGCGCGCCAUCAAGAGGAUCCAGGAGAGGAUUGCUGCGGUGGCGGGUGGAAUGCCAGACGGUUCUUCCUGGAAAGAAGGCCUGAACGAGGACCACUCGUACGACGACGUGGUGGCCCACGCCAAGCAGACGUUGUUCAAGAACAAACUCGGCAAGACGAUCAAUGUGGCCUUGGUCGAGUACAGGGAUGCCGUGGACAAGGCCCGCCAGACGGCCAGAAAGUUCGAGUUCGGCGGCGCCCUGUCGGAGUGCGUGGGCGGGUUCAAGGAGAUGCUGGUGAGUGCAAACACGACGGUCUCGGAGGCAGCAUUGGUGCAGUUGUUGAAGAAGCCUGCCGAGGCCGUGAAGGACGACCUCAGGAAGGAGCUGGACGCGGUUGCCGACCGCGGCGUGUCGGCCAACAGGAGAACGGUAGACGCGAUCAUGGAGGACGAGAUCGAGGAGCAGGAGAAGCUCGAGGCUGCGAUCAAGGUGCAGAUGGAGGAGAAGGAGUCCAACCGCUUGGUCCAGGAGCAGAUGCUGGCGGCGCUGAACCAGCUCAACCAGAGGAUCGGCCAGCUGGAAGGUUUGAACUGCACGAAGGAGCUGGACCCCAGGAAGCAGCGCUGGCUUGCCAAGUGCACCCAGGAGAGCGGCCAAUUAGAAGACUAUGAGGCGCUGAUGGCCCACGGCGGUGCCAAGUUGAUGGAGGUCGCGUGCAGCCCGACGUCCAUCCUGAGCACGAAGAUGGCAGAGAAGUUCGGCAAGGACGCUGUAUGCCGCAUCAGUGCGUGGAACGGUUUCAAACUGGGGACCCCUGGCGGCAACCAGAGGGCUCGGGAGGCACGCGAUGAGGCCGAACCAGACCACCUUUGGAUCAGCACGAGGCGCGGCCCCCUGUCGAACCUCACCCUCGGCUUCAACGGCUCCAACCCCAUCAGGGCCGAGGCCACCAGGAAGCGCAGGUUGCAGGCCAUCAAGGAGUACAAGGGCGCGGUGCAGCUGGUGCGCGACCAGGUGGCUCAAGGCAAGCAUGUACACUGGGAGUGGCCCAUCAAGUGCGAGGGCUGGGGCCACACGAUGAUCAGGAAGAUGGUGGAGGACUGCUCCAUGACUGUGGUGAAGGUGGCAGGCUGCCAGCUCGGCGUGAAGGACGGGAAGGGCCUGCCGCUGUUGAAGGAGUGGCUGAUCGCUACGACGACUCCGAAGAUGGCAGCCCGGAUGUCCCUGGAGUGCCCAGGAGAUCACCGACAUGGGGAGCUCACAGGAGGCAAUCUUACAGCGGCCACCAGCUAUUACCCGGACGAGUUUGCCAGACGAGCUGUUCGCGCGAUGACCGAGGAGGCCGCGCCCCACUACCACGAGUUCAUGAGGUGCUUGGUAGAGCCUGGGGAGGCGGCCGACCAGGCGAUGGUGGCCAACCAAGAGGAGACAGAGAUGAACUCGGACGUGAGCUCGAAGGAGUACCAGCAGAUCACGAGGUGGCUCACCUCGAUCCCCCGCGGCUCAGGUCACAGCUCGAAGGCCUCCAUGCUGAACGCACUUCGCAGGAAGGGCGCCAGCCGACAGGUGCUACAGGUGGCUGAGGACUUCCAUUGUGACGCUUGUGAGGAGGCGAACAAGUUCAAGCCCGCACAUCCGCCCGUCAGCUUAGAGGCCAUCCCGCCGAAGUGGAAGCACAUCCAGGCGGACCAGUUUGAAUGGGAGCACCCGCAGACGAAGGUCAAGUCCAAGAUCUCCCUGAUCAUAGACGAGAACUGCCGGGUGCGCGUCAGCAAGCUACUGUACCACAUGGUUGGCGAGGACCGGCACAGGAAUCCUGUGUGGGCCGACCUCGAGCAGUUCUACGAGGAGCGCUGGAUGCCCUACUUCGGCAAGCCACAGAGGGUGAAAGUGGACCCAGAGGGAUCCUGGAUGUCCAAGCAGGCGGCUGAGUACUUCGAUUCCGACUGCAUCGCGUACGAACCCAUACCUGGCCAGGCCCAUUGGCACAUCUCCCUCGCCGAGGAGGCCAUCCAGGCCACCAAGGGGACCAUGGACAAGUUGGUGGCGGAGAACCCCGAGAUGACGACGGAGGAAGCCCUGGCCAGAGCGACCACAGCUGGGAACUCACGUGAAGAUGUUCGAGGACACUCACCCCUUCAACAUGCCCUCGGGCGAGCACCAGACCUGGACGGACACUUCUUUGAGAGCGACUUCGACGAACUGCCCUACGUGGAAGCCCAGAGGGUCGACGAGGAGUUCGGGGAGAACUACGCGAGAAUGCAUGCGGCCGAGCAGGAGUACCUGAAGCAAGUCUACAUGCGACGCAUCAGCAGGGCAGAGAACGCGAAGAAUCAGGCGGUGAAGUCCGCGGUGCCAGGCAUGUGGGUGCGCUACUUCCGGAAGGAGAAAAGAUCCGUGGUGUGGCUGGUGCGAGCCGGGCGUAUCAUCAAGGUGGACCUCUGCCAGAUCCGGGCAGCCUCCUCGCGGGAGAUCGCUCACGCUGAGCUGAUGGGAGGCAAAGACGCGCCCUGGACAGUCCACACCUUCAUGAACCAGACGAUGAAGCACGAAUACCUGGACUUCACUGGCCACGACCCCACCGAGGACGACAUGGAGAUCUCGACCUGGGAGCAGAUGAAAGAGAACAUGGCCCUCAUGGCGAAGUCCACUCCAGACGCCAGAGCCUUUUGGGCUCGUCAAGGGACGUCACUGGAGGUCUCCGUUGAGGUACCCCUGGAGGGCAAGCCGCUCAGGCAGGCCACGAGGCACAUGAGUACCUACAUGGCGAGCCAGCUGCGAAAGGGCAAGCGCGAGAUCUCGGAGAGGACGUUGACCCCGGACGAGGUUGCGAAGUUUGGCCAAGCAAAGGCCACGGAGGUGAACAAUUAUAUCGUGUCUUCGGUGCUGGAGACGCCCCCGCCAGGAGUGACCCCGCCUCCCGAGGACAUCAUGCGCAUGAGAUGGAUCCUCGAGUGGAAGAUGGACAAGAACACGAGCGAGAAGAAGCCGGAGGCGAGGAUUGUGGUCCUGGGUUACAUGGACCCCGAGUACGAGCACCGUCCGACCACCGCUCCAACCAUGACGAGAACUUCGAGGCACCUGGUGCUGCAGACGAUGGCGUGGUUGGGCUUCAAGGGCUACAAAGCGGACGUGACGGGGGCUUUCACGCAGAACAGAGAGAUCCAGCAUGACCUGUUCGUGAUGCCUGUGAAGGAGCUCGCGGCGGCGCUGGGGAUGCCCGAGGGCGUUGCGAUGCGGCUCAGGAAGGCGGUCUACGGGCUCGUGGAAGCAGCGAUCGAGUGGUUCAUGACCGUGAGUGAGGCACUGGAAGAGUUCGGUUGGACCCAGAUGAAGAUGGACCCCUGCGCGCGGGUGCCCUACGGUGACGCUCACGGCAAGGAUAACGGCUUCACCAAGGAGGCGCUGAAGGGCUUCACGAACCCAGAGGUGCUCGGGGACCUGAUCGUGGCGAAGGGGGACAUGGACAUCAUAGCCAUUGCGGGGUCGCACGUGGACGACUUCCUGCUCGGUGGCAACGACACGGACCCCAGGUGGAUCACUGCCCGGGAACAGAUCGAGAAACGCUUCAAGUGGAAAGCCUGGGAGUCGGAGGAGUUCAUGCAGACGGGGGUGCGGGUCAAGCAGCAGCCCGACAGGAGCUUCCGCAUGGACCAGAGCGAGUAUGUGAAGACCAUCGAGAAGGCAUACCUCACCCCGGAGCGCAAGAAGGCCAAGGACAUGCCGACCACCGACAAAGAGAAGGGCCAGCUGAGGGCUAUCUUAGGAGCCAUCGGGUGGAGGUCCGAGCAGUCAGGCCCUAUGCGCUCGGCCGACACGAGCCUCCUGCUCAGCACCAUGCCCUCGUCCACCGUGCAGACCAUCAACGAGACCAACCGCUUGGUCGAUCGUGUUCGUGAGUCUGCUGAUCUACCUGCGGUGAUGCACAGCCACUCUCAGGCGCAGGUGCUGGUGCCAGUGGAGUGGUCCGACUCCUCCGAGGCCAACCGUCCUGACGGAAAGUCAACGAAGGGCCUGGUGGCAGGGCUGGCACCUCUGAAGAUCCUCAAGGGCGACGAGGUGCAGUGGACGGAGAUCCUGGGCAACAACAUCGACUGGAGGAACCCCGAAGGGAUUCUACGCAGACUGCCAGGAGCAGUGGUUGUGGAUUCAAAGGGCCUGUAUGACAAGCUGCAGACGACAAUCUACUCCUUCCGGGGCAAGGAGAAGCGAACCGACGCGGAGGCCAUGACCCUGAAGGAGGGGGCGCAGGCUGCGAACAACUGGAUGCUCUGGGCGCAUGGGGAUGCCCAGCUCGCCAACUCGCUGACGAAGGGACACGAGCCAGGCCAGCUGCGGAUACAUUUCAGCAACGGGCACCGCUGGAAGCUGGUCUACGACGAGAAGUACCAGAGUGCACGGAGGAGGAAGGUAGCUGGAAUCCAGCCGUUCGAGCACGUAGGAGCGGGCAUUCUCAAGACGCCAGGCGGGACAAUGGCUCACAUCAGUGCAGCUGCGUGCCCGGACUUCCCGCCAUAUGAGAGCAUGACCGAGUGCAGUUCAGACGAGGAGGCGGACUCAAGGAUGCUCAGCUUGGAGGACCCUUACCCGUGCAAUUCCGAGGUUGAGCAAGCCUGUGCAUCCUGCCUCGACGCAGAACUCGCGGCGCAGCUUCCACGAACCUUCGCGGCAGCAACGUCGAUGGCGCCCCGCCUCGCCUCCCGGCGCGCCGCCAAAGCGCUCCUCAACAAGCCCCGCGCCGACAUGACGGCGGCGGCGGGUAAUUCGGGCGUUGCGCGCGACGGGGAAAGCGGAGUCGCGCCCCGCUUCAAACCUGGGGGGCUCUCUUGGGACCUCCGGAACCGCCUCCGCUUCUUGCUCCGCCAGCGGUUCCGCUGGGCCGGCGACAAACGAGAGUUCGACGCUCAGGUGGUCCGCGAGAUCGGCGGCGACGCGCGGGGCACGGCCACGGGCGCUCCUGCGGCGCGGGCGGCGAGGUCGGCUCUCGCGGGACGUUGCGCGCGGCUAUUCAUCGUCAGAGAACACCGCGUCCGGAUCGCCACAGCUUCAGGCGAGGUGAUCGGGCCGAAGCAGGUCUCGUUUUUGCUUGGUGUGAGCAGGGCUGGCGACGAUUUGGAACGUUCCGUGCGGCGGGCCGACUACGGCGCCGCCCAUUUGAACCCGCGGGACAUCGUCACACGCUGCUCCGACGGCAUCGUUGAUAACGCCCCGCACGAAACCUUGAAGUUCAUGCUCACGGGCGCAGAUUCUGACGUGCACGCCGCGGCCGACCAGAUGAUCAAGUGCGCGCAAAUGCACGGCGCGCCCAAGCCCGACGACAUCUCGAUCGUGAUCGGCGUCGCCGGGCGUGGUGUGGGACGAAUCUGA